AGCCGUGAGGAGCGAGGAGAGCCGAUCCCGUCACGUGGGGCCGCGUAUUGACUCACCUCCUCCGUGACGAAUCAACAUCCAGCGGCUCCCGGGCCAGAGUGCGUUCUAGCCGGCGCGCACGCUACCCUCAGACGGACUUGUUUUUGUGAGUUUUCAAGAUGUACCAGUGUGUGUUUCCCAUUUUUUCGUUAUGAAGUGCAACGAUUUUUAUGUUUCUAAAUGUAAUUUGGCGAAACAAACAACCUAGAAAGUAAAAAUAGGAAUUGUUUUGCAAGGUGUGUGUAGCCCGCUAGAACGAUCUGUUAUAAAUUUCCCGUCACGUUCCUAGUCGUGCGUGUGACCGUGACACAUUCUACAGUACACUCACGCACGCGCACCUACCCGAGCCAGUUGUGUGCUUGGCGUGGGCCAGUGCGAAUAUGACAGAGGUCGUGGACAAGACGCUUAUUGAAAGGUUGAUAUUAGAGCAUUCUGAUCGUUUGGAGUUGGAGAUAAACCAAAAAGCGCGCGCCGAUGCUUGGAAAUUCUAUUAUCGUGUGCGAGUGGACCAUGUGAUUCGGCCGUUCGCCGUGUGCAAGGUAUGUUUUCGAGUGUUACACUGCGACUCGCGGAGUGGGACAGCCUCCCUCCUGCGCCACCCGUGCAAUCCCCUGUCGGAGAGAUCCCCUGUCAACCGCGCCGUCAAGCUCUCGGCCAAGCUUAACCUACCCGUGGACACUGCCGCCGCCGCUCUCAAGGGGGAGAUCAAAAGUGAGAAUUUUAUAAGUGAAACUAACGUUAAGGAGGAUGUCAUCUCCCUCAAGAACGAGCAUCCCCUCCACAGUGACGGCGGCAGUGCCAGGUCCUCUCCAGUGUCGCUCACCACCACAGCGUCGCGGUCUUCCCCCACCAGCACGGGCUCGCCUCCAACCGCGGCGCAGCCCACCACCACCUCCUCCGGCAGCGCCUCCGUCGGGUGUCGGAAACGGAAAGCUGGCACGCCUCCACCAUCAUUUCCUAUAGAUUUAAGGUUCCUGCAGCUGCCUCUGGUAGCAGCUGCUGCUGCUCACCCCCUGACUUGUUUGAACCUUGCCAAUGCCACGGCGUUCCAACACCUCCAGCAGCAGCUGCACCAUUCGCACCUCGAGCAGCUACACAGACAGCAUCAGCAGCAGCAACAGCAACAACAACAGCAGCAGCAGCAACAGCGAGAGAAGGAGCGCGAGGAGCAAGAGGCCAAGAGAACGCGCCUGGAGGUGGCAGUGCAGGAGGCGGCGGCGCAGGAGGUAAGGUCGCGUAGCCCUGGUAGUCCAAGUGAAGCUAGCAGCUCCUCGUGGGGUCGUGCUCGGGUGAAGAAGGAGUGUGCCGACACCAGCGAUGGCGCGGUGCCCGAGGACCUCCGGGGCUCGGCAUCCCCCAGCAGGUAUGGCGGAGGGCGCGUGCGUGGAGGCGAGGACGAGGAUGGCGGAGGCCUUACGAAGGAGGCCGUGCAGCAGCUCGUCAGCAGUUGUUCCACGCGCGUGACCCUCGGCGAGAAGGACGCGGCGGGGUCGCACUACAUCUCGGACGUGUGGUCGAGGUUCUCCGUGGUGUUCGUGGACGGCGCGAUCCGGCCCUUCGCCGCCUGCAAAACCUGCCACAAGGUGGUGACGUACACGAAGUACAGCGGCACGGGUGGGCUGCUGCGACACCGCUGUUCGGCCACAGACCUUAACUCGCGACCUCAUGACGAUGCUCUUCCUCCGUCAGGAGCUGACCCACGCCUCGGCGACUCGCCUCCACUUACCGUUCGCGCCCAAUCUCCCGCCCCCGCCCACGCCGCCCAGCAAGGGUCCCCUCAAGGGUCUCCUCUCAGCUUAUCCCUCCGAAAUGAUAUCGUUGACUCUCGCCCCUUGGCGGAAGAGCUGGCGAUGGCCCCCACGGCUGCCAUGGCGGGCGUGGCGCGGGCGCUCCUGCGCUACAUGUGUCAGGACCUGGUGUCGUCCUCCGUCCUCGACUCGUCAGCCUUUCAACGUUUAGUGUGGACAGUUUUAAAUCUAGGGGCGGCGCACGGCACCUUCCGCGAGGAGGAGCCGCUGCCAUCCGCGCGACAGCUCCUGAACACGUUCCUGUCGCCGAUGGCCAGCAACUCGCGCUCCCUUAUCGCAAGGGCGGUGCUGGACCAGACCAACCUCUGUCUCUCCCUCCACCACGAGCGGGACCUCAACCUCCUCACGGGCGCCAUUCACUUCAUCACGCCCAAGUUCGAGCUCCGCAGCUAUGGGCUUGGGGCGCACCGCCUGUCGGAUAACGAGACGGAAGAAGAGGCCCUGACGGCUCUCAUGGAGGACUUCUUCAGCGAUGUGCUGGUGCCAUCCGCAAUGCGCGACAAGCAUGUAACGGUUGUGAGCGACCGCGGCACUCCGUCGGAGCCUGGCGUGGUGGGCGUGAGAUGCAUUUGGCACGCGACGGAGGCGUCGCUGGAAGGCCUCAUAGACGAGCCUUCAUACCGACAGAUCUGUGACGACGUGGCAUCUAUCUUGUCCUUCCUGGCAGACUCAGGCGUGGCGAGCGUCACAGGCUGUGGCCUCAAGCCCCACGAGGUCCGGCGAUGGGACGCCCUUCUGCACGCCCUCAACUUCAUCACCGCUCAUCACGACGAGUUGUGUGUAGUUCUGGCGGGAUCUGAAGGAGGUGGAGCGCUUCUGGGGGAACGUCGCACGUAUCAGGAAGUUGCAGAGCUCUUAGCAGGGGUGCGUCGCUGCCUCCUGACGGUGCGAGACCCGCUGAGACCAACGUUAAAUCAAGCAGUUCUAUGCCGUGCUAAGCUGUUGCAACUGUGUGCUGCAUCUUCCAGCUCCCUUCCACUGCAGCAACUCAAGCAACACUUAGAAAAAAGUCUGGCGGAUGCUCUGAAACUAACACCGCUGCACCACGUGGCCAGCUUCCUAGACCCUCGCUGCAAGAGUCUGAAGGUCCUGAGUGAGCCGGAGAAGACCGAGGUGCACCGCCACGUACUGGAGAUGAUGAAGUCCGUAGCAGUGACGGAGGCCAAUUCGGGCGUCCUCAACCUGAAGACGACAAGACGCCAGUACAACAACUCUCAUAACGCAGGCAGUGACACAAAUAACGCCCACGAAGCCCAUCCCUUCCGCGAGUAUAUGGACAAUCCAGCGCCAGAUACAUCCGUGUCUGAUAGCGAAGAGAUCAUGGCUUACGUCAACAUGAAGGUGCACCUGGACGAUGACGACAUACUCGGAUGGUGGUCUGGAACCUCAGCAUCAGGACUUUCUACGCUGCGACUUUUGGCACGCAAGAUACUCGCCGUGCCUGCCACCUGCGCCUAUGCCCACGACCUCUGCGUAGAUGCUCGCCAGGCCCGUCAGAAAAUGGGUCUUGCCGAUGAUACACACCUGAAUGAUGUUCUCCACAUGAAGUACAACAUGAGCUAGAUAUCUUUCUGGGAUUUGUUUUUCUUUUUUGCCAAAAAGUAAAGUUUCAGUUUAACAAAUCUAGUAAGUCAGUUAGAAUUCAGGAUUUAAUGUCUUAAAAUUAGUGAGUGUAAAAUUCAGAAUGUGCAAAAUGGUAACUAGGGUAGUAGCCACGUAGAUGGCAAAUGAGUUAUCCUCAUGAAGUAAAAUACCAACUGUGCAGUUUUAAUACUGUGACAUAAGAUUUAUUUUCAUACAAUCAGCCUUCUCAGAGAAAAAGCUGACCACUUGAGGUGCAGAACACUAAUGGUAUUUAUAAUGCUCAACUGCAAUUUGAUGUUAUUUUCUUUGAGGUAGCUGGUUCGACAAGGUUGUGAUUUGGUUGCUGCAGUUAUGUAGAAUGGGGUUAUGUUGGUUAUAACAGGAAUACUUAUUUAUUCAUGGAAUCAUUUUACUGCAUUGCAUUGAAUUGUAGUUGCAGAAAUAUCCUUCUAACAGUUGUGAAUUUUUAUUAAUACUGUGGUGCUCUUUUUAAAAGACAUAAGUCAUGAUAUCAGUUCAGCUCAACAGCAGAAAGGCAUAAGUCAACAAGAAUGUCCUAUAUACAGCUCUAAGCUCAGUUAACUGGUACCAUUUUCAUUGAUAAAUGAUAUAGAGUAUAGUGAAGAGCCAUGAACAGUUUUAGAAGUUCACAUUAUUUGUUCAUUCAUUUCUGCAACUCUCAAGAUUUUUAACACUACUUUCUCCUCAUCUCCAUACAUGUGCAUUUGGAUGAAACAUUGUUGUUUGUGAUUAUUUCAUUCUUUGUUCAUUAAUAUAUUUAUCAAUAUUGCCAACUUCUAAUUUAUAAUCCAUAAGUGCUUCAUCUACCAAGUGAAACAGUAUUGAGGGGUUAGAUGGUGUAGUGUAGGGAAAUUUGUAAUGGAGAUAAAAUAUGGAAGGAAUUGUAAGCUUUGGGUGAAGCAGGUUGUUAAUCAAAGUUGUGUUAGGAUUUUUCCUCCCUUUUUUGAAUGUUUAUAUGAAAAAUUCAGAUGGGGACAAUUAAAUCUAUUUUUGGCAGUAGUCGGGUUGGUAAAACUCCGCAAAGUGGAUGAUAACCAAAUAGAGAAAGCAUACUCUGUUUUCAGACUUUAAUAUUUGAGGACGAUUUCUUUGGUUUUGCGAUGGAUGAAAUUCUCACUUUGAAACUGUACGUAAAGACAAAUUUGGGUAUUAUAACUUUGAGCUUUAUUUUCUUUCUUUUUUAUAUGGCAUUUUUGUAGUAUUUACCCACUUUGUGAAACUGUUUCAAGCAAUAGUUGAUACAAAAAAUGCCUGUUUGUAGUUUAUAGAUCUACAAGUCAUUAGAACAAUAAUGAAAUUAACCUCAUUGCUGAUGACAACAUAGCUCAAUAUCUUAUGCCAUUGUGGGUGGCAGGGCAUAACAUUGGCUCAUUAAUUCUUAUCAAAGAUAAAAUGUCAAAGAAUUUAUUUGCUUUACUUUUGCUCAAUUGUUUAGUUACUCCUGCCUGUCAUAUGUGAGCAAGAAGGAUGUGCCAAAGACUUCUGUGUGUGCUCAAUAUUGCGAUAGUAUGGAUUUGUAUUUCCCUGAUGUUACAUCUGCCCUUGUUAAUAUCGUCACUCGGGAAAGUAAGAUUGUUGGUAUAUAGGAUGUUUUAGUUUAUGAAUAAACUCACUUGUUGGUAUACAUAAUCACAGAUUAAUUCAUUUAAAUUACAUUACAGAUUAUUAUUCUUUUUUUUUUAUUGUGAUUCACUUGCUGGUAUGGACUCAUGGGACCCUACAUUUGUUUAUGUAGAAGGUUUCCGGGUUUUUCUCUUUGUCAUCAUACCCAGGUUGUAGAUGUUGUGUCUUUACCCAUGUGCUUUUUGUUGCUGUUAUAGUACUUCCAUGCCAUUUGGGUACUCACAAACUUGUAUCAUUAAUUAACUGUGCUCUUCCCUCUUAUAUAAGCUGUAACAUCCCGUAGAAUAGAAUAUUUUACAUAUGAAUGUUUAAUAGAUUUUGAAAGAAUGUGCCAAACCCAGUGAAACACAUGCUCUGUGUUUUCAAUAGAACUUUCAUAUGUGUUUAAGUAUAUGUUUUAUAUCUUUAGUUGUAUAAAUCACUUUGAUGUGUGCAGUAUCUCAGAGGUUGUAUAAAAGACCACUUUGAACACUUUACUGUCAUGCCAUAUAUUGCUGAGUAAUUGCAAGUUUGUAAAAAUUGUAGAGUAAAAGCUAUUUUGACCCAAAUCACAUCAUCUGUUCAACUGCUACGCCUUAUUCAAACAGAAAUAAUCUACAAAGAAACAAUAGAUAAUAACUUUUAAUCAUUACUUUAAAGCUUAUGAUUCAAGGGUUAAUAGUAAAAAAGAGUAAUAUUGUUUUUGGUAUUACAAAACUAUAUUAAAAAUUUGCUUAAAAAUAUAUAUAUUUACAGGCAGUAUCAGCCAUAACAGUAGAUGUUUGGGUGUUCCUGGCUAAGUGUAGCAGGUUUCUUAUAAAUGUUGUCAGUGAACUAUUCUCCAUUUUUAUAAGCUUUUGAGACUUUUUACUCUACAGCUAAAUAUCUAAGAACUGUAAUAUUCAGAGAUAUAUGGUAUUGGAAACACUGAUAUUAUCAGUAUAAUUUUGUGAUGGAAAUUCUGUGGCGUUGGCUUUAUAAGUAUGGAAAACUCUUGGCAAUCAGUUAGGCCUUAUUAAAGUUUGAAAGGUUGUGUUCAAUAGCAUCAGCAAUUAAUGUGAUGAGAUUUGAUGCAUGGAAAUUUCAGUAAAUCAUGACGAAUCUUUCUUUAAUAUCAGCUCAAAGAAAGAUGGUAAAAAAUGCUCGUAUCUCUUCACUGCUACAGAAUUAAGAGUUGGCCUUCAAAAGACAAAAGAGUUGGUCUCUUGAGUUGGUUGUGUUAAAAUUGUGUUCAGAAAGACUUUUUUGUAUCUUUAAAAACUUAUUAUCUCACAUUUAUGUAAUUUUUAAUCAGUGUAAAGUAAACAUUGCCAAACAGGAAUAAAGAGUAAGAAACUUUUAUGAACACAAUUCUUGUACCAUAUUAUAGCAUCUUUUUGCAUAGUUUGGACUAAGCAAUUUAAUAUGUUAACAGGUGUAAAUGCUCACUUCAGUGUCUAACAGUUUACAGCACUGAGUGAGAUUUCUCUCUUUCAAAAUUUCACAUAAUCAUAUAUUCAAUGUUCGUAAAACUUGCUAAAGUCCCUAUUCUGCAUAGAUGUUAUUACUGGUACUAGUCGGCCUAGCAUUCCUUGCUAUUGCUAUGAUGGCCGACUCUAAGAUUUCAUUUUCUCAAGAAUUCCCUAAGUUAUGUUUUAUCAUUCAUACCAUUCCAUUUGCUGCAACCUUGUGGCAUAUUAUGCAUAAUCUGUAUAUAUACUGUAUGUCUCGUUAUGAUAAUAUUUUGUUAAUACUCUGCUGUGUCAACCUUUUAAUGAAGUGUGAGGGGAAGGGGAUGUCAGGUUUGAGAAAAUUGGUUCUUAGGUGUAUAUUUAUGAUUAUAAAUCUUUAGCUUUAUGGAGCUGAUGAACCACAUCAAUUCAUCUACCAUAUGACUUAAUAGUGACAAGGGUUUUUAUCUUGCUCAAGUUAUGCCAAUACUGGAUCCUAAACAUUAGUGGCUUCAACUAAUGUGCAACAGUACAACAAGUGGGUAUCUUGUGUGUGAUGUUGUGUGGUGUUGAACUUUUAGUCUUUAAUUUUGUGAUCUAAAAUUUUAUUUACUGAAGCUCCAGAUCCCAGGCAAAAGGGAUUGUCAAACUUGAUUUGCUCAUUCAUUGGUAAUUUAUAUUGUAUGAUUUAAGCUUGUCAAAUUUCUUAAAUGUUCUGUAGGGACUUUUUUUUUUUUCUUUUUUUUUUCUUUUUUUGUUCCCUAGACAAUAUUGUCGGUUUAAAACUUUCUCCUCUCCCAGCUACGUCCAGUACCUAGGCUCUACCUUCUCUGAAUGUGGUUCAUUCAUCACCCGUUCGGUCUGGUGAUAAUCCUAUCUAAAAGUCUUUGUUUAUACUUUAACUCUCCCAUUAUCUUUUUUUUUUUUUUUUUUUCACAAAGAAUAUCAUUAUUCUAAUUCUUUUUUUUUAUUUCUCCUUGGAAGUAAUUUUACUUGUUCUCUUUUAUUUUCUUGAAUUAUCAGUAAUUGUAAAAGGAGUAUUCCCAGCAUUCCAUUAUAUUUUUGCUUCUAACUUGUUCUAGUUGGCUGCUCCCGUUUGCAUAUAGUGUGGUUGCGGAUGGGUAAAACACUAACUUAUCUAACGUUUUGUGCCAUAACUUUGUAAAAGACAUUAUUAUUUUUUAUACUAAACUUUUCAACAAAUAAACUUUUGCAUUUUUCUCA